AUGACUAGAAAAAACGGUAGUAGUUCACCAGAAAGAAGAAAACAGAAACUUGCACAUACUCCUGCUGGAAGCUUUGCUGCUACAACUUUGAAGCGCCCCGUUUCAGGGAGUUUCCCCGGCUGGGAUUGUUUGGCAGACCUGAGUCUCAACGGCACAGCCGGGAUCACCUCUAGUGGCCUCUUAAAGCUAACAAGUGCCACAAAACAAGUAGUCGGUCAAGCCUUCUAUCCUAGUCCCAUCAACUUCAAGAACUCAAAUGGCUCGGCCUUUUCUUUUUCCACUUCCUUCGUCUUUGCCAUAGAGCCUGACUAUCCGGAUUUAAGUGGACAUGGGAUAGCUUUCGUGCUUGCACCAACAAGAGGCCUUCCAGGAGCUCGUGGAUCCCGGUACCUUGGCCUCUUCAAUGAAACAGAUGAUGGCAAUUCCAGUAAUCAUGUUUUUGCGGUGGAGCUGGAUACAAUCCAGGAUAAUGAGUUUCUUGAUAUCAAUCCCAAUCAGGUUGGUAUUGAUAUAAAUAGUAUGAUAUCUGUUAAAUCAGAACCAGCAGGAUAUUAUGCUAAUGGCAAUGGCGUGCUUCGCAACUUGACUCUUUAUAGUGGCAAGCCAACUUGA